CUGGGCAGAGAGCCGGGGCAGCCGCGUCGGCGGAGCACUUGCGCGGCAGAGGCGGGGAAGCGCGCAGGGGGCCGUCCCCACGUGGCGCUGACGCUGCUGCUCGGCACCGCCGGCCCGAUUCGGGGCUAUAAAGCGAGCGGGCUCCGGCAAAACAGCGCUUGAGCGGGCGGGCAGCUGCAGGUGAGGACCGGCCGCGCUCCCGCGCCUCUUUGCCGGCUCCUGCCCCGGCCCGGCCGCCCCGCUCGCCCGCCAGGCUGAGCCCGCGCCUCUUGCCAAGCCCUGGUCCCGCCGUCCUGCCGGGAUCGCCCGCGGGAGGAGUCCCGCCCUGCUCUCGGAGAAGGUCCGGGGAACUUUGCUCUCCCGUCCCGGCGGCUUGGAAGGAAGGGCCUCUGGGAGAGCCGAAGUCGGGGCGAUGAGGAGGAGGAGGAGGCCGGGGCGCUGCUUCGCCUGGCCCAGAUAGUCUGGCUGGGCGGGGCGGACUCCACCUGCUCGUCGCUUGCUGAAGGCGAGACCCGGAGGGAGGAAAGGCUGGCCGCGCUCGCCUGCCUGCCUGCCUGCCUCUCGCGCCGCCGCUCUCCGGAGAAGGGGACGAUAGACGCUGGAGGCAGCUGCUUGGAUUAAGGCACUUCUGGACCACCGGACUGGCCAGGCGCUGAGCUCUUCCUCCUCCUCCUCCUCCUCCUUCUCGCAGGAGGCAUCAGGGCCACACCCGCCAAUUCGCUCCCGCAGCACUGGGGUUGAUGUUUAACCUACAGAGCCCGUUCACUGAGAGGGGGGGACUCUUCUCUUCCCUGGCACACCUGCGCCCUCAGCAGGAAGACAUCUACCUCCAGCACAUGGAUGGCAACGGGAGCCUCAACGGGAGUGACGUGGGGCACAUAGGGGGCCUUCCCUAUCCCUUACACAUCACCUUGGCCCUCAUCACCCUGGCUACUCUGCUCAUGCUCUUCACCAUCUUUGGCAACGUCUUGGUCAUCAUUGCCGUCUUCACGAGCCGGGCCCUCAAGGCCCCGCAGAACCUCUUCCUGGUCUCCUUGGCCUCUGCUGACAUCUUGGUCGCCACCCUGGUCAUCCCUUUUUCUCUGGCCAAUGAGGUGAUGGGCCAUUGGUACUUUGGGAAAGUGUGGUGCGAGAUCUACUUGGCCUUGGAUGUGCUCUUUUGCACUUCUUCCAUUGUACACCUCUGUGCCAUCAGCCUAGAUCGUUACUGGUCCAUCACUCAGGCCAUUGAAUACAACCUCAAGCGCACUCCACGCCGUAUCAAAAGCAUAAUUUUCCUUGUCUGGGUCAUUUCAGCUGUUAUCUCUUUCCCACCACUCAUCUCCAUCAUGAAGCAGGGCGAGCCUGACAGUUCGGUUCAUCAAGAAACAGACUCAAAGCAAGAGAACAAGACACCUACCUGCAUCAUCAACAAGGAAACAUGGUACAUCAUCUCUUCCAGCAUUGGUUCAUUUUUCGCUCCCUGCCUUAUUAUGAUCCUGGUUUAUGUCCGUAUCUAUCAGAUUGCAAAGAGGAGGACUCGUGUGCCUCCCAGCAAGAGAGGUGAGAAUACAGAGAGAAAGCAGAAUGGACUGGCAGAUAAGGAAGAUGUUCCUGCGAUGACCAAACUUAAUGGGAAGAAAGAAGCCAUGGCGGGAGGAAGCCAGGAAAGGGAAGAAGUCAACGGCCUUGACAUGGAUGACACAUCAUCCUCAGAACACAAUGAGGACCAUCAGUCCAGGAAGCAGGAGAAGGCACAGAGAGGAAAGGGCAAAACCAAGCUCAGCCAGAUUAAGCCAGGGGACAACUUGCCUGUGACAGUGGAGGAGGAGAGAAAUGCCAAAGCUUCCCGAUGGAGGGGCAGGCAGAACCGAGAGAAACGCUUCACCUUUGUAUUGGCAGUAGUGAUUGGGGUGUUUGUGGUUUGCUGGUUCCCUUUCUUCUUCACCUAUACUUUGACUGCUGUUUGUAAGAGCUGCUAUGUGCCUGACACCCUCUUCAAAUUCUUCUUCUGGUUUGGUUAUUGUAACAGUUCCCUGAACCCUGUCAUCUACACUAUCUUCAACCAUGACUUCAGGAGGGCCUUCAAAAAGAUUCUCUGCAAAGUAGACAGAAAACGGAUUGUAUGAAAACCCAGGUUAAUUUGCAAGGGUGAUUUCCCCCCCUUCCAGAGUGCUUCUGCUCUGACUGAUUCUGGAUGGUGUCUUAGCUGAUUUCUGAGCUCAGACUCUUCAAAGACUUCAGGUGAGAUGAAGUGAUUAAAACAGUAGCAUACAGCUUCGGAUGAAAUGGAAUGUUUCUGCUCAGUUGAUGGAGUUGGAGACUGUAGCCAUUAUUUCUGGACACUUGUAAGUUUGAUUUGUUACAAAACUGAAGUGAACAGGGUGGGGUGGGGUGAGGGAAGCAACAAAGCUGAAAGGAAAUCCUACAUUUGAGAAGCACUUUCUGUUUUUGUUUUCUUUGUACAAAUGUAAUUAACAUUUAAGUCCUUGUAAAGCAACAGUAUUGCAUCUUGGGGAAUCUGUACAUCUUUAAUUUUGGUAGGAGAAAUCAGCUUUGAAGCUUCUUUAAAUAUUUCUUGAGAACUUGAAGUGUUGAUAAAAAAAGAAUGGACCACUGGAGCCAUCUCAUCAAUUGAAAAAGAUGAUAGUAUUAAAGUACCAAGCUUUCCAAUAUGCUGUUGGAUUUGGGGCUCAAAAGCAAAACAAAACUGGUAGCACACACUUGAAACAGCCAGUGUUGUAUGGCCAGUGUUGUAUUCUGUCCCCCAUGUGCAGCUUAUUUUUAUUUUAUUUUGUGUUGUCUCUUUAUGCAGUAUUUGAUAAAAAACCUGUACCUCUUAUUUUUCCUAUUCAAGAAAAACAAACACAUAUUAAAAGUUUCACACUUGACGCAGAAUCUGACAAAAGAUUAAACUCAUUUUAACUUUUGGUGCUCAAGAGCAAUCAGGUACUCCAAGGGUUUAGACGAAGUCCCCCUCCCACUGUAUCAUGCAAUGAUGUAUGUUCAAUGCUAAUUUAUUUUCCUAGCCUGUUAAUGUAAAUAGAUAAUCUGGCAGAUGCAACCCUUUGUCUUUCUGUUUACAGUGUUAUUGGACCUGCAUUGAUUUUGAACAUUUUCAUUUAUGCUUGGUGUCCUGUACAAAAAACCUUUCAUGCACAUGGGUGCUUUGGUCUUUUCAAUAAUCCAUAGAAAUGAAGUUUUUCAUUCUUCCAGAUCUGGUAUAAUUUGGUUUGUCCCAGAGCGAAUAUUGUAUACACGCACAUUUAUAUAAGAGGAAGGAAAUUAAUGGAGUAAUACCAGAGUUAUACUGUUUAUACUAUGUAAGAAUUCAUUUAGGCACUGGAAAGAAAGAGUUAAUAAUGUUGAGAAUUGUUGUCAUAAUUUUGUUUUCAGAAGCAUCUAUUUACAGAUAACUUAAUAUUAUUGUCCCAUAGGACAAACAUCCUGAUACUUAUAAAAGAGGAGGGCAGGAACUGCGUAGCAUGUUUUCAUUUUAAUUAUAACUGAGAUUAUCCUUAUUCGGAAGAUUUGUCCCUUUUCCUGGAAUGUCAGAAUUCUAUAGAAUACCACAGCUCUACUGUACACCAGAAGAGUAGACAACUAAUCUCAAUGGUGCCUCUUUGGUUCGGAAUUGUAAUUGGGCAGCUCUGUUUAAUCUAGCAAAACAGCCGUCACUGUCAUUCGAAUGAGAGAAGCUUUUCAGAAUCAGAAAUGCUCCUGGUAGAUGAUCUGAAAUUGUCUUGUAGUUAGAGAGCUCAGUAAAGCUGUCUACAUAUAACUUUAUAUAGCAGGUUCUUUAAAAAAAGAAAAUAAUAUUUUUUAACCAAUUUUCCAGUGAAGGGCACUAGCACAUAUGUGUUUAUGGAGCAACAGCAGUUUGACUGCUAAGCUAACCCCAUGCCACAAAAGGUGCCAUUAUAAUCAUAUUGCCAAUUAGCAGUGCUAAGGUAAGCGCUUAAGAUUAGGGUUCGAGAAAAGUGGUUGUCAAUAAAAUUCCCAUUUUAGAAUAACAAUAACAUUUUUUUGUUUUUAGGAUACAAUAAUAUUUUUCAAUAUUUUUCAAUAUUUUAACAAUAAAAAACCCCCAACAACCGCUUGCUUUCAAGACCUCAGGGUGGUCACCCAUUUUAUUACCUCAACAAACUGGUGAGGCAAGUUAAGCCUGAAAGGAUGAGUGGCCCACAGUCACCCAGUGAGUUUCAAGUGGGAAAUAAAUUUUCAAAUGAAGGUCCUCAUCCCAAAUUUGCAUGAUUUUUCCCAGUGACUCCAAAUAUAUCUCUAAUUUCUCAUACAGACAUUUGAAUGUUUACCAGUCAAAGAAAGAAAUUAGACAAUGUACUUAAAGCCUCAUUGUCAGGCACAAUUGUGCCUGGAUUGUGCCCACUUGAUGCAGUCAUUUAGAAGGGGGUAUGGCAGCUCCCAUUCGUACAUAUGGGACUUCACUCCUAGAGAUGCCCCAGAAUUACAGCUCAUCUCCAGACUAAGGAGAUCAGUUCCCCUGGGGAAAAAGGGUGUUUUAGAGCAGUGGAUCUCAACCUUCCUAAUACUGCAAC